UCCUUUCCCUCUCUCUCUCUCUCUCUCUCUCUCUCUUCUCUCUCUCUCUCUAUCCCAAUCCCCAAACUCUCUCCCCUGUGUGUGUGUGUGUGUGUGUGUGUGAGAGAGAGAGAGAGAGAGAUAGAGGUUGUGGGGAUGGGGAGGAGGGCGAGGAAGCGAUCCGUGGCAGAGUCGUCGCCGCAGAAGCCGAAACCCGGCGGGGGCGAAGAACUCGGUGGCGGUGGCGGAGUUGGCGCCGCCCGGUUCGAGGAGCGCCAGAGAUCGUUCAACGAGCGCGAAGUUGAUCGUCGAAUCGCUGCAAUCCAAGCUAUUCGAGUGGCAGAGACUGAGAACUUGCUCUCUCGGUUGCGGUUGGUGCGGUCGUACAUCAGCAAUGAGCAACUAGAGAAACCAGCAUUAGAGUUUUUCCAGGAGAAUUUGCCCAAUUUAUCAGUCACAAGAAACGAAAAGUAUAAGGUAUUUGAGUUGAAUUGGAAUUGCAAAGAGAGUUACAUGCCCGGGAACUGUAGAGACGAUGUAAACAUGCGCACUUCACUCGGGUAUGCUGCCACGUUGCCUGCUACUGCUGGCCUCCAGUUUUCAGCAAACUCAGUGAAGAAGAGCUUCUUGGAGUCUGCAAACUUGCAAAUUCCUGAUUUUGCUUUGGAUGAAUCAACCGAAGAUCUGAUGGCAAGGGCGGCAAAAGACGCUGUACAGACUCCUGGGGCCAUGAGUGCUCGCCUAUCAUUCGGCAUGACACCAAAAACUACAAGGUUGCCCAAGAAUGGUGAGAUGUUGUUAUCUGUGCAUGGCUCGCCCCUCGGGGUGUACAAAGAAGAAAACUUGGCAGCAAUCCAUGAAUCUGGAGAUGGAGGUGAUGAUGGUAUCUUGUGAUAUCAGUACCCUUCAUGUCACUGGUUUGUGUUUUGGGCGGAUGAACAUCUGGUGCCACUGGAUUGGGUGGCGUAAGAGCUUCAUCUUGAUGAUGCUUGUGAAGUAUCUAGGAGUUAGUUAAUUGCCUGUAAAAUGUUGUAAAAUCUGUGAGAUCCUCUCAAGCUGUUGUCUCUGCCAUCUUUUGCUAUUCCACAUGAACUUCACUCUCUUUAACCUUAGCAACAGUAAUCCAUCUAGUCGACUGUCGAGGACAUUUGUUUUUCAGUGCUUAUUUGCAAUCGACAACUAUGAAAUUUACGGUAGCAAAUAUGCCCAGAGUAAAGCUGAUAGAUAGAAUUGGUUGCAUGCAAUACGUUGUUCGAUUUUCCUGCUCUGACUGGUAACUAUUGAAUCUUGCGAUUGUAAUAAUUAACAGGCAAAGUGUUCACUGUAAGAUGGCUAAAAGAAAUUCCUGUUAUGAGAAUAUUGGUUCAUGGUUGCAUAAAGAGUAACAUCGGAUCGCAUGCAGCAUCGCAAUUGUGAGAAGGAAAAGGCAUUAAGUGUGGCCAUGACUUGUCACCGAUAGCAGCAUUCGAUUGCCCUUGCCACUUUGCGCCAUCAAAAUGUUUGGAGUCACGCUCGAACAUACGACAAUUAUCAUAGAAGUCCCUGCUGAGUAGGCUACUUGAUUAUUAGGAUCAGGAACAGAGCCUACCACUCAUUUAUACCUGCUGGAUU